GCUGCGUCGGGUACUUCGGAAUGAGACAAGAGGCUUUCUGGGGAGGACAAUAGAGACGUUGGUCUGGGCUAGAGAGGCUGGAGUGUGGUGGGGAGGAGAUCUGUAGACUGAGUGGAUAGAGAGGUCCAAGGUAAGUGGUUGUAGAAAUCGGGCCGACCCGGAAUACAGAGGAACCAGGACCAUGACUUAUGCUUAUCUCUUCAAGUAUAUCAUCAUUGGAGACACAGGUGUGGGCAAGUCAUGUCUCCUCCUGCAGUUUACCGACAAGCGAUUCCAGCCUGUUCACGACCUCACAAUAGGAGUGGAGUUUGGAGCGCGAAUGGUCAACAUUGAUGGAAAACAAAUCAAACUACAAAUCUGGGAUACGGCUGGGCAAGAAUCCUUCCGUUCUAUCACUCGUUCCUACUAUCGGGGAGCAGCUGGAGCACUGCUAGUGUACGACAUUACCAGACGUGAAACCUUUAACCACCUGACCUCAUGGUUAGAGGAUGCCCGCCAGCACUCCAGCUCUAAUAUGGUUAUCAUGCUUAUUGGAAAUAAGAGCGACCUAGAAUCUCGCAGGGAUGUGAAGCGAGAGGAAGGAGAGGCCUUUGCUCGGGAGCAUGGACUUAUAUUCAUGGAAACUUCUGCUAAAACGGCCUGCAAUGUUGAAGAGGCCUUCAUUAAUACAGCCAAAGAAAUAUAUAGGAAGAUCCAGCAGGGUUUGUUUGAUGUCCACAAUGAGGCAAAUGGCAUCAAGAUUGGACCUCAGCAGUCUAUUGCAACAUCAGUGGGACCCAGCAUUUCUCCACGGAACUCUGGUGAAGUAGGCUCCGACUCUGGCUGCUGCUGAACAUCUGCCCUGAACCCUUUUUUCUUCCUGGAACAGCUUCAGACCAGUAGGCGUAAAGAAAGGGUCUCACUUACUUUCGCUGAGAACAGCCUCUUUCCAAGGUGUGAUGUUUUGCCUUUCCACUUAAAAGUCCAGGGGAGAAUUUGAGCCCUUACUGACCUGUCCUUCUUUAGGGACGUGAGCAUUCCGUACAGAUGUGGGCUCUUCUCAUCCUCCUUUUAAAUUUCUACAUUGAUAGGAUCAAAGCUGAUUGUCACAGUAGUUUAAAAAUAAAAAAAUUAAUCAUAUACAAUCUAUUCCUCACCAAAAAUUACAUAGUCAUAAACAGUCUACUCCUUACCAAAAAUUAGUAGUAAGGGUCAAGGACAUGCUUAUUGAACAGUUGAUAUUACCAAGAUCUACAGGACUUUUGAAUGAUAGAUCUGCAUAGGAAUUGCCUUGAGUUUUUUACUUCCUUGCUUUUAGAAGUAAAUCAAUUCUUGGAGAAGGCCAUUCCUUCUGCUUGCUCAAGGAAGCUGAGUGCCCCUCUACCAGGAAUAGAUAUGAGAUAUAGCAAUAGAAUUGCUAUAUCUCCUAGAGUAACAACAGAACUUUUGAGAGCAGUGGUCCUGGACCUAAGGCCACUUUAUCCUCAUGUAAAGAAAGCAUGAAAACAUUCAUUCCUGUUCAUUUUAUUUUAGGGACCUGAUCUAACAUCACAGUCUCUUUCACCAAAUUGACCUUUACUGCUUCAUCAUACUUAACUGGAUCAUUCUACUCUAAUCAAGCUAAUCUGCUUACUAAAUGUGACAUUUAUUCCUACUCCUAUACAUUUGCACAUGCUUUACUCUCCACUAACAUAAUACUAAAAGUCUGACAAAUCUGCAAGACCUAGGGACUUCUAAGCACCUAGUGAAUAGUACUCCUUAGUAUUCCUAUGUUGGUUAAUCAUAUGUACACUUAUUUAUAUGUAUGUUCCUUUAUAAGGAGGUUUUGUAGUUAUUUUACUGUGUAGACUGUCUCCUCAUAGGUUGUAAGCUCUGUGUGAGCAGGCUUCAUGCCAUCCCCUUAUGUUUACAAACCACCCCCCCCAACAUUCCUCACAGUUCCUAGUGCCAUUCAUUAUGCGAUCACUGAAUCUGACAUACUUUAAAACUUAAGAUUUAUUUUAGACUUUAGAGGAAACAAAAGGCCUUAUUGUCAUCUCUUGGUAAUUCUGUCUUCUUCUCUUCCAUCUCCCUGCCCUGGGUUCUGUAUUGCUCUUCUCUCCUGCCUGUCUGGGAUCAUUGCCCCCAGCCUGUGUAGUGUAUCGCAGGACUGUGGCUAUCAAGCUCUCAAACAGUUAGUUGCUUCUCCAUCCCCUCUUUCACACCAUCUCACACUAUCUUGGUUAAAUUUGCCUUUGUUUCAUGUUGUCUUCUCUGUCAGUGGCUAUUUUCUCUUGAUGACUCAUUUUCUUCUAAGCACUAAGAUCUCAUUAAUUUUCUGAUUUUUGUUGUUGUUAAUGAACUGUUUCAUUAAAUAUAUACAUGUAUUCAA